GAACAUUGCUAUAUUUAAGUGUAACCCACCCCCAACUGGCACUCACUUAGCUUCAUUCAUUUCAUUCUUCGAAUGGGAGUGAGGACAAAAGCAGUUUUCUCUCUUGGUUUUGAGCUACACUAGUCUCUCCAACUUGCUGCUUCAGCUCUCUUAAUCUUAUGCUAUAUAUAUAAACAUUACAUAACAUGCACCCUUUCACCACUUGUUUUGUCUUUCCAUCAUAUAUAUAAUAUAGUACACAUACACCACGCACCCCACUACGCUAGCUGAGAUGAUGAAUGCACUGCCGUCAGAAUGCAGCAGCGGUUGCGAAUCCGGUUGGACUCUAUACCUGGAGGAGCCCUCUUUCCUCAAUGCUUCCACUUCCACUCCCUUUCUGCCUCAAGAGCACCACAAGAUGAAACCCAAAACUAGUGUGCCACAAGAAGAAGAUGACUUGUCCAUGCUUUCUGAUGCUUCCUCUGGGCCUCCACCUCCGGCGGCCCAUCAGAGAACUAUAAAGAGGCAGAAACUAGUUGUUAAAGAGAAGCGACACCACCUCCCUUCUUUUCUCGACGAUGACGACGAAGACACUGCCAGCUCUCCUCUCUGUGACUUCUCCAUCAACAAUGUUACUACUUUCACCAACCAACAAACUUCCCAAGACAGUGUGCUAGAGCUAGAUUACUCACACGGUUUCUCCGCAACUUAUUUUGAGGGGAGAAUAAGAAUGACAUCUUCCUUGCAAACAGUCUCUAUCAGGAAAUGAAGUCAGGCUAAAUGAAAGCGCUAUUCAACUGCAUUCUCUCUGUAUCUUGACCACAUACAUGGAGAGAAUCAUGCACGGAUCAGAUGGAGCUAGCGUGUACAAGGAAUUAUAUUUCAUCACAAAACAUAUCCUGUUAUUUCCUUUUUAUUUUUUAUUUUUUAACAAGCCAAAGAGAAUCAAAGGGAAUUUUAGAAAUAAACCUUUUUUUCUUACUUUUGUGGUCUUUGGUAAUUUAAUUCUCGUGAAUGAAUAGUGAUUAGUGAAUAGUGCGUGCGUGUGCACAUACACAAGCUAAGAUGACUAAGUAUGGCAGGCUCAUGUGCUGAAGCCUCGUACCAAAUUUAUAUCACCAAAUAAAAUUAAAUUAAAGCAAAGCAGCGGCACUUACCCAACAAAAAAG